UCCCAUAAUAAAGUACACCACUCACUCCUAUUCCCACCCCCACCGGAAGUCACGGCGCGCCUCCGUGUCUCGUCGCAGUCCACCACCUGUCCCCUGCCUUCUGUCCGCCUCACACCCCAGAUCUCCAGCUCCCCCCAAGCAGGGCUCACCUGGGUCGGCGCAGCUGCUCCGUGGCAGGCCACCGGGUGUCGGCGGGGGGACGAAAUGGCGGCGGUCGGUGGCUGCGCCGUUCUGCUCGCCGCGGCGCUGCUCCUCUCCGCGCCGGCCGCCACAGAGGCGUACGAUUCGCUAGAUCCGACCGGGAACAUCACCAUAAAAUGGGACAUUAUAUCGUGGACUCCUGAUGGCUAUGUUGCAGCUGUCACAAUGUACAACUACCAGCAGUUCCGGCACAUAUCGGCGCCCGGGUGGCAGCUGGGGUGGACGUGGGCCAAGAAGGAGGUCAUCUGGUCCAUGGUGGGGGCUCAGACCACCGAGCAGGGUGACUGCUCCAAGUUUAAGACCAACCCUCCCCAUUGCUGCAAGAGAGAUCCGACCGUCAUCGAUCUUCUCCCGGGGACACCGUACAAGGACCAAGUCGCCAACUGCUGCAAGGGAGGAGUUAUAAGUACAUUUAACCAGGACCCAGGAAAUGCUGCCUCCUCCUUCCAGAUCAGUGUAGGCCUUGCUGGGACUACAAAUAAGACGGUUAAGGUGCCCAAAAACUUCACCCUUAAGACCCCAGGUCCCGGCUACACAUGCAGCCGUGCUAUUGUUGGCAGGCCUACCAAGUUUCUCUCAUCGGAUCGGCGCAGGACGACACAAGCUCUUAUGACAUGGAGCGUAACCUGCACGUACUCCCAGUUUCUUGCUCAGAAGACCCCAACCUGCUGUGUAGCUCUCUCGUCGUUUUAUAAUAACACUAUUGUGAGAUGCCCAACAUGCUCUUGCGGUUGCCAAAACAAUAAUACUCAUCCAGGAAGCUGUGUAAAUGCCAACUCACCUUAUUUGCAAUCUGCCAUCGACGGCCCUGGCAAAUACACCGGCCAGCCUCUUGUCCAGUGCACUUCCCACAUGUGCCCGGUAACAGUGCACUGGCAUGUGAAGCUCAACUACAAGGACUACUGGAGAGUCAAAGUAACCAUCACAAACUUCAACUACCGCAUGAACUACACAGACUGGAACCUGGUCGUCCAGCAUCCCAACUUCAAUAACAUCACAAAGCUGUUCAGCUUCAACUACAAGCCGCUAGCCCCGUACGGAGGCCGCAUAAAUGACAGCGCGAUGUUCUGGGGAAUGAAGUUCUACAAUGACCUGCUCAAUCAAGCUGGUCCGUUCGGAAACGCGCAGACGGAAAUACUUCUGCAGAAGGACCCGGAGAUCUUCACCUUCGAGAAAGGAUGGGCCUUCCCGCGGCGUGUGUACUUCAACGGCGACAACUGCGUCAUGCCGCCGCCCGACGCCUAUCCAUGGCUGCCUAACGCGAGCCCUCUGAUGAAGAAACCGUGGACGCUCGAGCUCUUGGUGUUCUGGACUGCGCUGGCCACCCUGCUGGCCUAUUAUGUCUGACAAACGAUGUCGGCGAGCUUCUGGUGUGCGGCAAAGGGUCCGGUCGUCUGUUCAUUCGGUUCCACAGUUGCAUAUAUAUAAGAGACGCGGUGAGGAAAGCUGAUGUGUGUAUAUGGGUUCUGCUAAGUUAAAUAGGGCCAAAAAUGUAGUGGCCGCCAAGCUUCGGUGAACUGAUUAAUUGAAUUGUAUGGCUGUAGUAAAUUAAAUGUAUGAGUUACAAUAAUGUUUGUGUGAAAUGGAGAGGAUGCUGUUGGUCA